AUGAAUGUUUUUUUUUUUUUUGUAUUAGUAAUUAUAUAUUUCAAUUUAAAUUUAUAUUACAUUAGAUGUAUAAAAGUUUUCUAUAGUAAUAUUUUAAAAAAAUAUAAAGGUGUAAUUAAUAAUGAUAAUCAAGUUUUUUUAUAUCAUAAGAAAAAAAAAAUAUGUCUAAUAAAUUCAUGCUGUAAUAGAAAUAGAAACAACUUAUUUUAUUUAAAGAAAUCAUCUAUUUUUCAAAAAAACGUACAGGAAAGAUUAAAAAAAAGUUGUUUUAAAUUAUUUGAAAGUAAAAAAUAUAUUGAAAAUUUAAAAAAUGUAAAAAAAAUAGAUAAUACAAUAUUGGGUAGUUUUUUUAAUGGAAAAGAAGAUGAGCUUGUUGAUGAAUUACCGGAAAGGUUUGUGAAUGCUUUUAAGUGGGCAUUAGAAUAUAGAUUAAAAAAUUUUAAUUGUAAAUUUAUGAGAAUAAAAAAAAUUGCAAAAAAAAACAAUGAAGAGUUAAAAAGUUUAGAUAAUUAUGCAAUAGGAUAUAAGGAAAAUUUGUUGGCUAUGCUUCUGAAAGAUAAAAAUUUUUUUGUUAAUAUCAUAAAAAAACUAAAAUCAAAAGAAUAUUUUAAUUUUGAUAUUUAUUCUAUAUUUCGAUUUAUAAAUAUAGAUAUUCGCUUUUUUUUUUAUCCAGAAUGUCAUGAUGAGUCUGCUAUAUUUUUUUUAAUUUUCGGGAAUUUAGAUAAAGCAAUUAAUUAUUUUUUAAAAAAUAAGGAAAAAGUUGAUUUUACAGAAAUUAUAAAAGAUAAGGAUAUAACUGAUCCUAAUAAUACUAAUAAAGGAAAAGAUGAAAUAAUAAAUGAAAAAAAAGAGGAUGAAAAAAAGGAAAUAUUAAAUGUAAUUCAUAAUACUGAAGUACAAGGCAGUAACUUAUCAGAUAAUGACAGCACAGAAAAUAAGGACUCAAAUGAAAAAAUUUCAAGUGAUAACUUAAAGUUUUCUGAUGAUGAUGAUAAAUUAACUUAUUUUAUAAAAAAUUAUGAUAAAAUAUACUACUUUUUUAAGAACCAUUUUAAAACAUCCAAUGAAUUAAAAAGUUUUUUUGAAAAUUGUCAUGAAAAAGAGAAUAAAAUUCAAAAAAAGGAAAUAAAUUUUAAUUUAACCGGAGAACAAAUAGUAAAUACAAAAGAAGUCAUUACAAAUGGAUUAAAUCUAAAUAUGAUCAAAAAUAUUAUAGUGAGAUCACCAAGAUUGUCUUUAAUAGAUAAAAAAACUAUAUUAAGGAGAAUAUCUCAUUAUAAAAAUGAAUUAAAUUACUCCUAUAAGGAAUUGGUAAAAAUAUUAUAUAACUUACCUCAAUUUUUUUCCUUUGGAAACUUAAAAAAAAAAUAUAAAGAAUUGUUAUAUUUGCACGAAGAUAUAGAAGAAGAGGAUUUGAAAAAGUUAAUUAAAAAAUAUCCUAGAAUAUUUACAUACAAUAUAUAUAGAACAAUAAGACCAAAACUUCUUUACUUAAUUAGGAAUUUAAAUAAAAAAUUUCAUGACGUACUAUCUUUUCCUCAAUAUUUUAGUUACAGUUUUCGAUUAAGAAUAAUACCUAGACAUAUUGCCUAUAUGAACAUAUACUAUGAUAAUUAUAUUGAGUAUUAUAAAGAACUUGUGAGAAAAUAUAAUUAUGACGAUUUUAAUAAAAAUUUCAAUGAUUUAGUGUAUAAACCUAAUAUUCCUCCAAUAGAUUUAAAAAUGUUAUUGCAAACUUCCAAUAAAGCAUUUAUGAAUCAUUAUAAUAUUACUUAUUAUGACUUUGUUAAAUCAUCCCAGAUGGCUAAGCAUAUACACAACCCUUUUAUAAUUGUUUAA